UAAAAAGUAAAUCAGCGUAUCCCAUUCGAAUUCUCCAAUGAUUUACGUAAGUCAAUGCGCAAUCCUCCCAGAGUGCUGUUCGUUUCCUUUUUUGCCAUCUUGUCGAGUGGUAAGAGGAAGAGCAGAGCGGCAGUUAGCUUGCUGCUAGUAAGUAGGUUUGUGACAUAGCAGCAGCUCUAAAUAGUGAGAGAACCAGAGGACGAGGAAGAUAAACUUUAUUAAAUUCAGGAAUAUCUGUCUAUCGGAGGAUAUAGAUUAAAUGUGAAGAUUUGGAAGAACAUUAGGACUUGUUUACAUGAUGUCGUACAGGCUUGUUUAUAGGUAAGGAUCGAACUAACGACACCGAUAGCUAUUAUUUGGUUAGCUUUGAGCUACAUUAGCUAGCCAGCUAAAAGGGAGAGUGGUGAACGGAGCCCGCCUCAGACUAAAGUGUUGGUAGCAGCUGGUGAGCGGUAACUGCAACAGGGGGCUGCUUACAACUCCGGGGCCGGGACAAUAACGCACGCAGGAGGCCAGGUUCGGGAAGAACUGGAGGAGAGGAGGUGGUGAUAUCGGGAUACUUGUCACACAGCGACAAGCUAACGUUACCCUGUCCGAUUUCGGACGGUGGGCUGUUUUUUUUAUUUUUUUUUUAACAGACAAUCUGCAACAGGAGAGGGGAACAAGGAAUAUGUCGCAUACUUGCCUGCUAUAAUCUGUCAAUUCUUUAGCUAGCUCGUUAAAAGCUAUCACUUAUUGAGCUCAGACGAAACGCUUAUCAAGGAAAUAGACAGUCACUUGAGUGACUAGCAAAGAUAUUCAACAUGUCAAAAAUGCCAGCAAAGAAGAAAAGUUGUUUUCAGAUCACGAGUGUGACACAGGCUCAGGUGGCGGCCAGUAGCAUCACGGAUGACACCGAGAGUCUGGACGACCCGGACGAAUCCAGGACCGAGGAUGUGUCAUCCAAAAUAUUCGACGUGUCCCUGGCCGAUCCGGGAGUAUGUGAUCGAAGUUCAUCCGAGGAGACUUUAAACAAUGCAGGGGAGGCGGAGGCAGCUGUCAUGGCCUUACAUUUACGUCAAGAGGGGCAGCCAGUAGCUGCAACAUGUCCUUUUAAUGGGAGCCAUGCUCAUAGAAGUACAGGCCUGAGCCAUAUCAACCCACAAUUUUUAGGGGGUAGUGUUCCUGUACCAGCUGCGAGUCAGCCCUCCAUUCCGACCUCGGCCACCCAGCAGCCGACAACGGUCAAUGCUGGCCCUGCUGCGAAUGUUUCCCCAAGUGUAUCUCAAACGCCCCCCGCGGCGCCUAGCUCUACAACGACGACAAGCUGUAGUUCACGUUUCAGGGUCAUUAAACUUGACCACAGUACAGGAGAGCCCUUCAGACGGGGCAGAUGGACAUGUAUUGAGUUCUACGAGAGAGAUUCUGAAGGCUCUAGCAUGAGCAGGACUGUGGAUAGCAUAAAACACGCUGUCACCAUUGACCACAAUGCAGACAGUGGGCUAGGGACCACAGGAAGCAAUGUGGUUGCUCCUAGUACUCUCUCCACACAGGCUCAGGAGUCCACAGGUGAUAGUGGCUACUACACUUUCCACCAUGGCCACCCUCCGGAGCUUCAGCAGCAAGGCUACAGCCAAGAGCCCCAGACAGGGAGUGGGGCGAAUGCCUUACAGCCCACAGGGUACUCAGCGACGGUAUCGCAGGCACAGGUCAACGUGCAGCCCGCUGUCCCCCAAAUGCUUCAACCUAUUGGCCUCAAUGGCGUGCCCCAAGGUGGCAUGCUGCAAAAAUCCCCCCUUGUGCCUCUUGCCACGCAGGCCCAGCAGUUUGCCUACUCCGCUCAUCCCUCUGGAAUGCACCCCAGUCAGCUGGACUACCGACAGCAGCACUUAGCCCCUCUACAGCCUCAGGGCUCCAACCCUCAAACCCACCCCAUGGCCUCCCUCUCUGUGGGGCCUCUGUCGAGUCAGGGCCCCUCGUCUGUCAACACCCCUCAGGCUGGGGAGCUGUCUGGGUCUUUGCACGGCGGUCCAUUAGCCUCGACCCAUGGCCUGUUGCUGCAGGUAGCCAGCGGGGCCGUUAUGUCUCCUGCCCUACAGCAGCCGGUGAGUCAUCCUCAGCCUUCAGGAGGAGUGGGCAGGGCCUCCGUUGUCCAGAAUGUGCCUGCCACAGUGCCCAGUGCCACCAACACCCCCCCAGGCAUGCCAAGCCAAGCCCCUGACCCAGGAGGACUCCCCCUGGCCCAGGUAGCUCGCGGUGAGGCCACAGCUGGAGCAGCCGGGCAGGGCCUUCCCACGGCCAGCCAGGGGGACGACAGCCGCAGGAGGUCGGACACCCUUCCUCAGCCCAAUGCAACCCCUGGAAAAGAUGUCAUGAGGCCUUUCAUCCCUGAGAGCUUGCAGCUGGCCACUCCCACCGUCAACAGCCUGUUCGGGAUAGCCAUUCCCAUGGAUGGAGAUGAGGAUGGUUCUUCUGGAGCCAGUGUUGUAGCCAUCGAUAACAAGAUCGAGCAAGCGAUGGACCUAGUGAAGAGCCACCUGAUGUAUGCGGUGAGGGAGGAGGUGGAGGUUCUGAAGGAGCAGAUCAAGGAGCUGUAUGAGAGGAACUCUCAGCUGGAGCGGGAGAACGCUGUGCUCAAGUCCCUGGCCAACACUGAUCAGCUCACCCAGCUGUCGUCCACCCAAAUCAGCCCGGCCGGCAGCACCUCCCCGCCUCAGCAGCAACCCCCCGCCAAUACCAAACCCCACUUGGAGGGUGCAGCCCAGGCUCUCAGCCUGCUCCAGCAGCCCAACGUCACCUCGGCGUGAUCACCUGCCUCCGUAAAACACCUCCCCGAAAUACGCGAGGAGGAGUCCCCAAACAACCAACUAACCAACCAUAAUCAACACUUGAUUAUGUUUUAUUGAGAAGCAAAAUCGGCCUUUGUUUGCCACCCUUGUCUUUUUGAGUGGCGUUAAGAGCCAUGCUUCAGUGUGCUGCUGCUGUCGUCGGGCCUUCCCAGUAUUAGACCAUCAUCAUCCUGUGAAAGCAUUGUUUUGUCCGGGCGUCCCGUGUUCAGUGGAAGGGGAACUGGCCAGGGGCGAGUACAUCGCAGCCUGGAGUCCCCACGCAGGGGAGAGAGGUGAUGGGCUGUAUUGUGGCGGGAUAACUGGAGGUGGUCCAAAGGGCCCCCCAAAAAUCAACACUGGGCUGUUGGUGGUGAGUGGAAAAGAACGGGGGAAUGAGAGGGACAAAGAGACUGAGGUGGGGAAGAGGAUUCUCACCCUACCAUAAGAGGAAUGUGUGUCUCACCGUGAGAAGAGCGAGACUAGUUUUCCCAGAACCACCACACUUUGACCCAAGUUAAAAAAAUAAAAUUUAAAAAAAAA